AUGAUAGGAAGUCUUCUCUACUUGACUGCUAGUAGACCUGACAUUUCUUUUAGUGUUGGUGUGUGUGCUAGGUUUCAAAGUGACCCAAAAGAGUCUCACUUGUUUGUUGUUAAGAGAAUCAUAAAAUAUGUGAGUGGGACUAUUGAGUUUGGGUUGUGGUAUACCUAUGACACUUGUGCCAAUCUUGUUGGGUAUAGUGAUGCCGAUUGGGCAGGUUGUAGUGAUGAUAGGAAAAGCACUUCCGGGGGGGUCUUCUAUGUAGGCAACAACCUUGUUGCUUGGCAUAGCAAAAAACAGAAUUUGUCUCCUUAUCCACUGCUGAAGCAGAGUAUGUUGCAGCUGGGAGUUGUUGUACUCAACUUCUUUGGAUGA